AUGGUCAAGCAGCCAAUCGCAUUCGAGCACCUCGAAGAAGCCUUACGUUCCAAGGGAGAGGGUGUCUGGUGCAAGGCAGAGGUCAUGAGACUCUACGAGCAGUACAUCCUCAAUGCUUGGGAGGACAAAUCGUCCUUGGAUUGGCAAUUCUACCAACUCCUCUGGGACGACCUCCUACGCAACUGGGAAGAUAACGAAAGAGCCCAAUUCAGAGGUCGGGAGCUAAUUGUCCAAAUUACCCUUAAUUUAACCUACUUAAUGAACUAA